AUGAAUGAUCUCUUACUCGCACGGAAAGAAAAUCAUGAUUUACGGACUGCACAUGAAAAAGAGAAACAGAAACGCCAGAAAUCUAAGAAGCAAUUAUCUAAUGAGCAAGGAAUUAGUACGGAGGAGGCUCAG